CCCGGAUCUGCGCGGCGGCGGCGGCGACGUGAGCGCGCAGGGGGCGGCGGCCUCGCCCCAUCUCUCUCUCGCCGCCUGGGUCGGGUGGGUGACGCCGAGCGCGAGAUGUCGGACUUCGACAGUAACCCGUUUGCCGACCCGGACCUCAACAACCCUUUCAAGGACCCAUCAGUUACACAAGUGACAAGAAAUGUCCCACCAGGACUUGAUGAAUACAAUCCAUUCUCAGAUUCUAGAACACCUCCACCAGGUAAUGUGAAAAUGCCUAAUGUACCCAGUACACAGCCAGCAAUAAUGAAGCCAACAGAGGAACAUCCAGCUUAUACACAGAUUGCAAAGGAACAUGCCUUGGCCCAAGCUGAGCUUCUUAAGCGCCAGGAAGAACUAGAAAGAAAAGCGGCAGAGUUAGACCGUCGAGAACGAGAAAUGCAGAACCUCAGUCAACAUGGCAGAAAAAAUAAUUGGCCACCUCUUCCUGACAAUUUUCCUGUUGGCCCUUGUUUUUAUCAGGAUUUUUCUGUAGAUAUCCCUGUAGAAUUCCAAAAAACAGUAAAGAUUAUGUACUACUUAUGGAUGUUCCAUGCUGUAACACUGUUUCUAAAUAUCUUCGGAUGCUUGGCUUGGUUUUGUGUUGAUCCUCCAAGAGGGGUUGAUUUUGGAUUGAGUAUCCUGUGGUUCUUACUUUUUACUCCUUGUUCAUUUGUCUGUUGGUACAGACCACUUUACGGAGCUUUCAGGAGUGACAGUUCAUUCAGAUUCUUUGUAUUCUUUUUCGUCUAUAUUUGUCAGUUUGCUGUACAUGUACUCCAGGCUGCAGGAUUUCAUAAUUGGGGUAACUGUGGUUGGAUUUCAUCCCUUACUGGUCUCAACAAAAGUAUUCCUGUUGGAAUCAUGAUGAUAAUUAUAGCAGCACUUUUCACAGCAUCAGCAGUCAUCUCAUUAGUUAUGUUUAAAAAGGUUCAUGGACUGUAUCGCACAACAGGUGCUAGUUUUGAGAAGGCCCAGCAAGAGUUUGCAACAGGUGUGAUGUCCAACAAAACUGUCCAGACUGCAGCCGCAAAUGCAGCUUCAACUGCAGCCAGCAGUGCAGCUCAGAAUGCGUUCAAGGGUAACCAAAUUUAGAGAGUCUUCCGACAAUGCACUGUUACCUUUUGAUUGUACUUUUUUCUCUAGUUACUGUAUUCUAUAAAUUUUUUUUUUUUGUUCCAAACACACAGUACACACAGCACGUAUAUUUCCUAAUCUCUUGUGCAUGGGCUAAAACCAGAAAAACUUCCUCGUCUUAUUACUUACCUGACAGUUUCUCAAUAGUUCAAUGCCCCUUGCAGAAAAAAAUAUUACAUACAAAAUAAAUAUUCUCCAUAUUUUUUGGGGGAUGAAUAUUCAGCAAAUUAUUUCAGUGGUGACACACUGAAAUUAACAUGGCACUUACUAAAAAAUGCACUUAGUACUUGCUGCAGUCCUUCUUUCAAGAAUCUUAGACAUAAAAAUUACACAUUUGAGCAGUAAAGCAAUGCUUCAUUCCUUUUCCUUAUUUAUAUUGAAAGAAAUAGGACAUCAGAAAUUUAGGGACUUUUAAACUGGCUUGCUUUUUAGCAGUUUCAGUCACCAGUGAAGAGCCUGUGUGUGUUUCAAAGCAGAUAAUGUAAAUUUUAUCUUUUUAUUUUCUUUAUUUAGAGUAGUUGAUAUUUUGAUAAUCAAUCUCUGAUCUUGCAUGGAUACCAUGUUUCUUAAAAGAAUUAGUAUUUUGGGUUAUGCACUGCUUAUGGUUGUAGGAUUGGGGAGUUGUUUAUAGAAUCAUAGAAAUGAUUUUCUAUAAUACUUUCUUUUCAAUAAAAAUGUUCUGGGAUGUAGUAUGAGGACAUAAUAUAAUAUGCAGUGCAUUAUCCAAAAAGUAGAUAAUUGGUGGAAUAGGAUGUAGUGAUGAUAAUACCUUUUUGUUUUUAAUUUUCAGUAUUCAUGCCAUAGUAAAAUAUUACUGUUUGGAAACUUUGGUAUAUUCUUGUGGCUACUCUUUUUAAUUGAACUGAGCUUGUGUUUGGCAGCUCUCUUUUGGGGUAUGCUUGUGUACUUUUUAACAGAGGUGUUAAAGUCUAGCCUAACUCCAUGUCCUAAAAGAACAUAACAGUAUUUAAGAUAUUUUUUUUUUAGCCUCUCAUGUCUGGUUGUCAUUAAAAAGACCCCGGUACUUCACUAGACUUGAAUCCCUAAUGCACCUCAGUCUUUGAAUUUUUGAGACACACUGAACACACUAAAAUCUGUAGCAAUAGAAAAAAAUAAAACAUUUAACUUGGACCAAGCAAGAAAAUACAGAUAUAGUUGAAUGCAUUAAUUAUGAGCAUAAUCAUGUUAAAAUUGUUACUAUGCAGCACAGGACUUCAUUCUUAUAGUAUACUUGGGUUGAAACUUUGAAUCAUUUUUUAAUAACUGAUUAAAUGCCUCGAAGACACUUGUAAAGUCAUGGUACUGUUGUUUUGGAAGUCAUCAGCAAACCACAGAUUGCAGAAUAAUGAGUAUGUUUUAUGCAAUUUGAUUUUAAGGAAAGGUAGUCGGUUGGAUUAUAUUAUUUGAUGCUAAAAAAUCAGCUGGGUGUAAGUGGUUAAAUUAUUUUUAUUCUUCCCCCCACAUUUAGAGUUAAAAUGAGUUUCAUCCUAGAGGUGGGAUGGUAAAUUCUCCUAUUUAUGAAAGAAGCUUUGUGUGAUGCUAGAUAUAACUCAGAUUCAUCCAGAUGGUGUUUACGUUUGAUUUAUUUGGGACUUUGUUGAAGUAAUAUACUUGGAAGAUAUUUCUUUUAUUCUGAUGAAGAUAGGAUUCAGAGUAUGAAUUUAAAGCUGUUUUUAUGAAUAUUUCUGAUCAGUGAUAAUCUCUACCUACUUUCUCAACCAAAUAAGCCCAUUCAAGUUUUUUAGAGCCUAUAAUCUUACUGAAAAAUGUUUUAUCAGUAUGCUUUGUUGAGUGUGGAUUUUACAAAUAUUCAAAACAUUAACCACAAAAUAAAACAAAAGCACUUAGGUCUGUCAUUAUCUUUCAAGUUCCUUUUGUUUCUCCUUAAACUACAGAUGAAAACUUUAUCAUAGAGACUUUUGAAGAAUACUGAGAUAUCAAUACUUUUCUUCAAGAAUUAUGAAUGCUUCUCUCAGUUCUGUAGAAAUCCUCUAUUGCUAAGUAGCAAAGAAUAAUUACAACCAACAGUACCUUUUUUUGUUUGGAUGGCGGAAGUGUUGUUUUAAAUUCCAGUUAUUUGGGUUAAUACAAGCUUAUAAAGAGAAAAAUGUUUUUUAAAAACAUAAAUGUGCAUUGAAAAGAUAGCAUUGCUAACAGUUUGAUAAGGUAGAGGGGUUUUUAAUUCUUAUAAUCUCUAUUCUCUUAACGAUUAUUAGUAAAUAGUCACAUUUGCACUCAGUAAAAGAUUGGCAUUUGUUAGUGGUUUAUAUUUAAUGUUAGCAUUACCCAGUAUCACAAUCAUGAAAUGGUCUUCACAUUGUAAGGAGCCACGUCAGCUUUCAGUUUGUAGUACUGUUUUGGCUAUUUUAUUUCAAACGAAAGUUUGAACACUGGAAAAUCAUUGCUCAGUGGUUUUAAUUUGGAACUCGGAUUAUUUAUCUAAGGAUGUUUGUAUAUUUUGUCAACGAGUAAUAUUGCGCUGCCAUUAUGGUGAUUGUCAUGGUCCUAUAUAAAUGCCCUCCAUCUGUCCCUCUAAUGUUGCAUGUUUUCAGUGGUUUGGAAGUUUUGUAUAUUUAUUGUAUUAACACAGAGUGUCAUAAAAUAAAAUGCUCUUUACUGGAUGUUUGUUUGUGUAAUUUUAAAUACUGUAUUAGCACUUCAGAGGCAGUAAUUAUACAGAGGGCUCAAUGUGUAUAGAAAUACCACAUUUGAUUUUUUAAAAUGACAUGACAGUUUUUCUGUUGCUUUAGACCUUUGUAGGUAGUGGAACAUGAGAUUCACUAAAUAGCUUGACCACUUUAAGGUCAAAAUACACAGACUAGAAGCUAGAUUCAAAAUAGAAAACCUGUGUUGUGGCCCAGACCUCUCCUUGCGGGUUCUCAUGGACGCCUCUGUACUAGUAUUGUGUUGACUUGAUUGGACUUGUUUCCUGUUCCCUAACCUCACUACCUGUUGUUUUAUGUACUGAUGAAAGUACCAAUUUGUGUAUUGUUGGAUUUUUCAUUUGAUUAUCUAAGGAGGAUAUAAAAAAUACAGUCUAAAAAAAGUGUUCACGGUGAACCUUAUUUGAGAAAUUCAUGUUUCAUUAAAAUAGGAACAGCUUUUUCAGUUUUCUGGGUGUUACCUAAAAGUGACUUUGGAUUUUCAUUGGAUAUAGGCCUUUUGUAAAUCAUGUUGAUAUAAUGUAUGGUUUGCAUUUUAGAGGGAGUUUAUGUUUAAUUAAGUUUUAGUUUCUGUAAAUCAUUUGUAGUACAUAAUGCUUUUUAUAGUUAUUGCUUUAUCUUUUUCUGAAAACACUGGCAUUAGCACCUAAUUUUGCAUCUUUAUUGGUAAACCCGACGUUAUUUAUAUGCAGAGCCUGUUACCUUUUCGCGCCGUUUUCCCUUAUUAGGCUUGUGCUGUCACUCGCCACUUCACUGUGUCUUCUUCAUUUUCCCCUUAAGCUGAGUGUUUAAAGGAACUUGCUGAUUCCUUGUGAUUAAGAACUUCGGAGGUGAAAUAAAAGCGGUUAAUGUAAAAAUAA